AUGGAUAUAACGCCUCUGCUCACACCGCUGAAGGUCCGGAUCCGGGUGUUACAACGACUGCCUUUGGUGAGAUCUGCUAUCGCGAACAAACGAGGACGAUCAUAUUCGACGGAUACUCCAGCUAGUCCUGGAAGGGAAGGGAAAGAGAAAGAGAAACGAGGGCGUGAAAGAAAUGGAACAUCUGAGUUAUCACUGGCGCAAAGGAUUCCUUCCGGGUCAUGGGAUAGCCAUAUGCAUGUGGUCGAGCCUCAACGGUAUCCCAUCUCUUCUAAUGCGGUCUAUACGCCGUCACCGCAUACCUUGCCUGAGGCUCGAACAUUUUACGCCACUCUGGGCAUUGAGAAUUUGGUUCUUGUCCAGCCAUCGAUCUACGGAUUCGAUAACUCAUGCUUGCUGGACGCCUUGAAGGAAGUCGGUCCUUCACACGGCCGUGGCGUGGUUGUCAUUGACCCUGAAACGACGAAACCGGAGACCCUAGCGGAAUGGCAUCAACUCGGUGUUCGUGGCGUGCGAUUGAACCUCAAGUCUGUUGGCAAGGUCAUGACAGGGGAGGAGCUCUCGAGAACUUUGGAGAGACACGCUGCCCUGAUCCGUCCAUUAGGUUGGAUGGUCCAGCUCUACGUUUCCAUGGAUAUGGUCUCUGCCAUUGAGCACAUUGUUCCCACUCUGGGCGUAAAAGUCUGUGUCGACCAUUUUGGUGCUCCUGCUUUCCCAUCGGACAUCGAUUAUGAUUCCUUCGAUCCGUACUCCCUGCCCGGUUUCUCAUCCCUCGUAUCCCUCCUUCAGACAGGCCAGACGUACGUCAAACUAUCCGCCCCGUACCGUUUCUCACGCGAUCCGCAAAUGCGAGAUAUCGGUAUACUCGCGAGGGAGUUGUUGCGUGUUGCUCCCACUCGUGUCGUAUAUUCCACAGACUGGCCGCAUACGCGCUUCAACAUGUACGAUAUCCGGCCAUUCACUGAAAUGUGUCUAGAGUGGUGCGCCAAAGAGCCGGGUCUUGCAGAGCGGCUAUUCAGGAUCAAUGCGGAAGAGCUGUGGGGCGUCGAUGGACAGAGAAACGAGUGA